AAACGUUUAACUAUCCUGGUCUGGGUUUGGAGGCCAGCCGCCGCACACCGUCUCCGCCCUCCGUGAAGGUUGCCGGCGCUUGGAGGUCUCCAAAUCGAGUUAGUGGCUCCUCCCCCAACCCGUUCCCCAUCAGCGACGGGCGCUCCGGGGAAGCGUUUCGACCCUGCACGGCCGCAUCUGCGCCUCCGGCCUUGCUUCGGGGUCCUCGUCUCCCACUCCGGCCUCCGCCCACUCGUCACUCUGUGCAGAUCGAGCCGACCAGCCAAGUGAGCAGCAGAGACUUGAUUUGUCAGAAAUCGAGUAUGUUUGUUUGAAAUAUUAUUGCAGCUUGGGUAUCAAUCGCAGGAGGAGGAAUUGGCUGUUAAUAUUUAUUGCAUAUUUGAGCUUGUCAGCUGGUUGCUUGUUUGGGCAUGGGUAUGCCAUUGUGAAUGUAAUUGUGUUUUUGGCGGUGAUUUGGUUGCUCAGUUUCUGGCAGUUGGCAGUCAUGGUAUAUGAGCAUUUGACAUUUCAGCUGGUUGUUUCGGCAUUCGAGCAUUUUCCUUGUGACUAAACGUGUUAGUUGAUUCCUAGUGGCAGUUGUCUUGUCGUUGGCAGUUGGUCCUUGGAUUUGGCAGAACCAGUUAGUAUGGUGGAGCCAGUUCAGGUGACAGCACCAGCACCAGCACCAGCUGCUUCUACUGUAGUGAACAAACAGGAAGACUUGGCUAGGCAUCCUGCUGAAAAAUCAAGGGUGGAUUCGGCAGUAGCUAGUCCUUCCACGAUUGGAGGUGACAGGGCUAAUCCUGAAUGCAUGAAGUUGUCUGUUGUGACAGUAGUAAUGGAGCGCUCUGAUCUUUUGCCUGGCGAUUACACUACAAAAUACAGUACUGGAUUCAUCCUUAUCUCUGAGAAAUCUUACUCCAUGAUAUUCAGUUCUUUGCCAUAUAAUCCAUCUAAUGUUAAAAAAGUCACAUUCAAAUAUCAUGUCAUUUUUGAAGAAGGGACUGCCAAGUUUGAAGCUAGAGAGGUCUUCUAUGAUGAGGAUCACAAGUUUAUAAUACUCAUUGCCAGAACUAAUAAAGAAUAUGCAGCUGUAAAUUUCAGAGAUGGCCUCCCAAAUCGUGAAUUGGUUUUCACUAUUGGAGCGAUGGCUGGUACAAAGUUGAAUUCAGCAUCAAAAACAGCUCCAAUUAAGGCAUUGAUAGGGCGUCUUGGGAUUUACAAGGGGGAAGUGAUAACACCCAUUUGUGAUGCCGUGAAUCUUAAAAAUGGAAAGGAAAGUUGGAGUGAGAUGUACUUUGAACUUUCGUGUGAUGUUCAUGAUCGUAUGGUCACAUUAACAAAUAUUGACGGGGAAAGGAGAAGACUAACAUCAGAUACUGUGCGCUCAGCACCUGUGUUUUCUUUGAGUAAUGAAUUUAUUGGUUUAAUAUAUUCACAUGGAAUGUGCCAUGAUGUGAAAGUUGGGCUGCACAGAAAAUCCAUAAUCACAUUGAUAAAAAAAAUGUGUGGGCGUGAUAAUUGGAAGGAUGUACUGAAGGGAGCAGCAAAGGUAUACUUGGAGGCAGAAGCAAAGAAAACAUGUUAACUUCAUCGCUGAAUUUUGCAACUUGUAGGGAAACUUAAGAUUUUGGAGUUAAUGUUCGGUCUUCACUUUGAUGAAUUUAAGAUGAAGGUUAGAAAGAAUCAAGAAUAUUUUGGAGGGUGUAAGAUGAUAUCAUGCUUGGUUGUCAAUCUAUGUAGUUAAUGAGUACAAGACUUGUUGGUUCCUUUUGUUGUGUUUGGAUGACUAUGAACCACAAACCCAUGCUGUCUUAAUGUUUAUUUAUUGAUAUUGGUGCAUGUAAGCCGUUGAAAAGUUGCGGCACUCAUUUUCCAUGUUGAGAUUGGCAAUGAUAUAUCUUUAGCUACUAGACCCUUUUUCA